GCUUAUAAUCGCCAUUCCAACGAAGGCAGAGUUGCUAACCAGAGAGAGCCUUAACGACGACACGACAGGAUGCAGAUCUUCGUCAAAACCCUUACUGGGAAGACGAUUACGUUGGAAGUUGAGUCCAGCGACACCAUCGACAAUGUCAAAGCUAAGAUCCAGGACAAGGAAGGUAUUCCUCCGGACCAGCAGAGGCUUAUCUUCGCUGGGAAGCAGCUUGAGGAUGGGCGAACUCUCGCCGACUACAACAUCCAGAAGGAGUCAACUCUGCACUUGGUGCUCAGGCUUCGUGGUGGUAUUAUUGAGCCUUCUUUGAUGGCUUUGGCUAGGAAGUACAAUCAGGACAAGAUGAUCUGCCGCAAGUGCUAUGCCCGCCUGCACCCUCGUGCUGUCAACUGCAGGAAAAAGAAGUGCGGACACAGCAACCAGUUGAGGCCAAAGAAGAAGAUCAAGUAGACCAUUGAUUUGGAGAGAGGAGAGCUAUGCAAAAGUUUAUGUUUUUAUUUAUUUUUGGGUGCAUUUAUGCUCAGAACUAUUUGCUUUAACACUCAUUAGGAGUUGGAAUUGUUGUAAUUUUUGUUUCUGCGACAUUCUCAGUUAUGGUAUGUUAUGUUCUUGACUUUGUAGUACCAAA